AUGUUGGCCAGCUCCGCAUUCCUCUCUUCCUCCUUGUCCUCCUCCUCCUCUUCAGAAGGCACAGCUGUGACCUAAUUAGACAGUCACCCUGUGAAUCGAUCUUGUCAAUACAAAGCCCUUCUUUGUCACCUUGAGCUGUGAAUAUGCCAUUUGUAAUGAGGCUGAGAGAAAAAUACAGAAAUAAACAUAGGCUAUUUUGUCUACUCUUGUGAUGACUCUUGCACCCCUAGUGAGUAUACCGUUUUGUUGAUUUGAUCAUUAUAGAAACAAUCUACAUGUCCAAAUGAACAAGGUGUCCAAAUGAUCACUCAGAAUAUACAUUUUGGGGGUUCGACUUGUGACUUCCUCAUCGUACACUUCUGGUGUGCACUUUACUCCAACCAAGCAUGACUGUGGAGUGUACUACUCCUAGGCUAUUCCUCUGAAUGCCAUGGCCAGCAAGUUAUUCCUUUGUGUGAAACCAACACACUGCCUGCGCUCCCAGUGAACCACCAGUGAAAUGGACCUGUGAUGAUUUAUCAUCCUCUGCUUCCCAUCCCAGAGAGGACUCAGGACAUUAUUCAACCUGGCCUGUCCUUUCAUGACCCCCCCCCAGCCACUCCACUUCAGACCUCCAUAUCACUGUUCUUUGUCGGAGAACAUGCUAAAUGUGACCCAGCUAUUAAUUUAAAGCAGAGAUGGGCAACUGGCGGCCCAACCCCGUUUGUAGGCCCAGAGAUCAAUUUCUAAAAAAGAAAAUAAUUAGGAACUCAGUCGAGGUCUCAACUUACUGUUGAGAGUUAGAAUAGUAGAAUACACAAGGUGCCAUUUCAAAAUGUGGAUGUGCAUCAGAAGUUUUUCUCUUGUUAUGUCAGUCACUGACAGUCACUCAAUUAGCCCAUGUCAGCACAAAACAUUUUGAUUGGUAAGUUACUCUAGCCAGCAAUCUAAACUUGUAGUAAUUAUGGACCGGGGUGGCCCCCAUUGAUUUUGUAAGCCACUCUCACUCAGAUAUCAUAUUAACAUGACAUAAGUCAUGGCACAUUUUGUAGAAUUGCAGGAAAUAAGCUUAAAAACUGCAAACAUUUCUCUCCGCCCCAUGGCAAAAUGUGUAGAAUGGCAUCAAACUUGCUUUAAAACUGCAACAUUUUCUCUUCGCCCCUUGGCAGAAUGUGUAGAAUUGUAAGAAUUUUACUCAAAAACGUUCUCUCUGCUGUGGGGGGCCACAAAAAAAAAAAUCACAGUGGGGGGCCCCAAGUUUAGCUAAGGGUCCCCAAAAGGCUAGGGCCGGCUCUGACUGCAUGUGUGGGUAUGGACGUGGGUAUGCAGACCUGCGAGUCACUGCGGCCCCUCAUAGGUUCAGAUUAUUUGUAACCCCCCCCCCCAUCAAAGUUGCCCAUCCCUGAUUUUUUUAAAGGAUCAGAGAAGGGGAGGAGGUGGAGGUGCAUAGAGGGGCUGCUUUUUCUCUCAGAUGGAGGCCGAGAUCAAAUAGGCCUGAAAGGGAUACUCCAAAUAAAGAAUUCUGUGUGUGUGUGGUGUGUUCCCCGAGUGACAAGUGAAAAGCAAAUCAAAUCAAAUCAAAUUUUAUUGGUCACAUGCGCCGAAUACAACAGGUGCAGACAUUACAGUGAAAUGCUUACUUACAGCCCUUAACCAACAGUGCAUUUAUUUUAAACAAAAAAGUAAGAAUAAAACAACAACAAAAAAGUGUUGAGAGAAAAAAAGAGCAGAAGUAAAAUAAAGUGACAGUAGGGAGGCUAUAUAUACAGUAAAAUAAAGUGACAGUAGGGAGGCUAUAUAUACAGGGGGGUACCGUUGCAUAGUCAAUGUGCGGGGGCACCGGCUAGUUGAGGUAGUUGAGGUAAUAUGUACAUGUGGGUAGAGUUAAAGUGACUAUGCAUAAAUACUUAACAGAGUAGCAGCAGCGUAAAAAGGAUGGGGUGGGGGGGCAGUGCAAAUAGUCCGGGUAGCCAUGAUUAGCUGUUCAGGAGUCUUAUGGCUUGGGGGUAGAAGCUGUUGAGAAGUCUUUUGGACCUAGACUUGGCACUCCGGUACCGCUUGCCGUGCGGUAGCAGAGAGAACAGUCUAUGACUAGGGUGGCUGGAGUCUUUGACAAUUUUGAGGGCCUUCCUCUGACACCGCCUGGUAUAGAGGUCCUGGAUGGCAGGGAGCUUUGCCCCAGUGAUGUACUGGGCCGUACGCACUACCCUCUGUAGUGCCUUGCGGUCAGAGGCCAAGCAGUUGCCAUACCAGGCGGUGAUGCAACCAGUCAGGAUGCUCUCGAUGGUGCAGCUGUAGAAUUUUUUGAGGAUCUGAGGACCCAUGCCAAAUCUUUUUAGUCUCCUGAGGGGGAAUAGGCUUUGUCGUGCCCUCUUCACGACUGUCUUGGUGUGUUUGGACCAUGAUAGUUCGUUGGUGAUGUGGACACCAAGGAACUUGAAGCUCUCAACCUGUUCCACUACAGCCCCGUCGAUGAGAAUGGGGGCGUGCUCAGUCCUCUUUUUUUUUCCUGUAGUCCACAAUCAUCUCCUUUGUCUUGGUCACGUUGAGGGAGAGGUUGUUGUCCUGGCACCACACGGCCAGAUCUCUGACCUCCUCCCUAUAGGCUGUCUCAUCGUUGUCGGUGAUCAGGCCUACCACUGUUGUGUCGUCGGCAAACUUAAUGAUGGUGUUGGAGUCGUGCCUGGCCAUGCAGUCAUGGGUGAACAGAGAGUACAGGAGGGGACUGAGCACGCACCCCUGAGGGGCCCCCGUGUUGAGGAUCAGUGUGGCAGAUGUGUUGUUACCUACCCUUACACUGAUUGCACUGAUUGGUGUUUUCUGUCUCUUUCCUCUCUCCCUCUCCUCCACUUCCUCCUCUGCACAGGCUGUGAGCAUCAACAAGGCCAUCAACACGCAGGAGGUCGUUGUCAAAGAGAAGCAUGCCAGGAAUAUCCUCUUUGUGGAGCCGGGUGUGUCGCUGUGUGUGUGUGGCGCUGUGUGUGCAGUGUCUGUGUUAGUUGCGCAGUGUGUGUGUGUGCGUAGUGGGAGCGUGUGUGUGUGUGUGUUGGAUAGCAUCUGUUUUUCUCUGACUAUAGAGGAAGGAGAGCUGUGUUAAUGUUGACGCCCAUGUGUUUGUGGAAGCUCUUAAUUGUUCCUUCAUGACUCAGGGUUAUGUUCGUGCAAAACAAAAACAAUAAUGUAACGUGACCCUGAUGUCUGCCGGGACCAGGCCAUUAAUUUGUGUGUGUGUGUGUGAGAGCGAGAAAGGGACCGAGAGACAGACUGCUCUGUACGGUCUUUCUGUGAGAUAUGAUCAGAGAUAUGUGGGAGAUUUUUAGCCCCUCUUGAGAGAACAAUGAAAGUUGAAUAGGCAAGCAAAACACCUCUCUAUAUUAACCCCCCCCCCCAGCAGCCUUCGUCAGAGUGUGUGCUCUCUCUGCCAUCUCCUGUGUGUUUCUCCUUGACUGAUCCGUCUCACCCUGUAUCCUGGGGACCCACCAUGAGAAGGGCGCCCACACCUUCUGGGCGGCGGUCAACCGGCUGCCGCUCUCCAGCAAUGCGGUGCUCUGCUGGAAGUUCUGCCACGUCUUCCACAAGCUUCUGCGAGACGGCCAUCCCAAUGUAAGUCUGAACCCACCAACACAGCCCUGAUGGAACGCAUACCUUUUUAAGGCAUGCAAUAGAAAACUUGUUAUUGGACAAGACUCGUUAGUUCCUCCCUGUUUCACUCCGUUUUCUUUUGUUUGGUGCCUAAUGAACACAACCCUGAACAUACUGCACGCCAGGGACAUGCCCAUCUCUCCAUAGACUUGUGCUCAAGAGGUCUGAAAUGAUACAAUAUUCCCUGUAUAUUACUCUGCUGGAUUUGGUUUGAAGCUAAGCAGGGUAGGGCCAGGGUUGGUCCUUGAAUGGGAGACCAGAUCCUGCUGGAAGUAAAACUGAGAUUCUGAUGCUCUGUGAUCACUAAGAUCACUAAGAUCCCACAACACUUAUCCCAAGACUAGGGGUGUUAACCCUGGUCGCCCUGUCUUAAUUCCUAAUCUGGCCCUCCUCAUCCCGAGCUUCCAAUUGGCUAAUUUCAACUCCUCUCCCCUGCAACUCUUUCCCAGGUCACUGCUGUAAAUGAGAAUGUGUUUUCAGUUAAUUUACCUGGUAAAAUAAGGUUUUAGGUCAACUAAAUAUAGGGGCGGUUUCCCGGAAACAGAUUAAGUUUAAUCCUGGACAAAGAGAACUGAUUUUAAAUGGAGAUUCUCCAUUGACCAUGCUGUUUAGUCCAGGACUAGGCUUAAUCUGUGUCCAAGAAACUGGCCCAUAGGGAAUAUCAUUUGAGAUUUGCACUUAUUCAGAAUACUGUACAGUGAGAUGACCACCACCAGUUUAGCCACAGUAGCUACAACCUCCAAGGACUAGCAUCAUUUAAAUGAUCAGCAUAGUGCUGUUCACACACCCCCAUACACAUUCAUUCACUUCUGAGCACCCAGGCAAUUGCCCACACACUGGCCUUCUUGAACACACCCACACAAUGCAUACAGCACAACUUCAUGUGUAGUGCUCUCUCUGUUGUAUCAGCAAGAUUCUGAAUGUUUGGCUUGUGGCUUCAGCCUUGUUUAAAUUUUCUUUCUGUCUCUGUGUGUGUUCAGGUGAUAAAGGACUCGAUGAGGAACAAGGCUGACUUGAGUGACAUGAGCAGAAUGUGGGUAAGGAUCAGAACACAGCACUGAUGGUUGCCAUUAGGGCCCUAAGGUUUUCCAUCCAGACAAGGAAAAACUCUCAGCCCCAGUCAUCAUGUCUACCACUCUUAACCGGCAGGCUGGCAUGGACACAUUGGCUGCGUCGGAAAUGGCACCCUAUUCCCUAUAUAGUGCAUUAAGUUUGACAAGAGCCCUAUUGGCCCUGCUCAGAGGUAGUGCACUAUAGGGAAGGGCUGACUCCAGUCGACUGGUCAAUUAUUUGGUCGAUAGGCUGUUGGUCGACCAACAUUUUAUUUAGUUGAGCAGUAGCAAAUAUGUAUAUAUAUAUAUAAACUCAGCAAAAAAAGAAACGUCCUCUCACUGUCAAAUAUGUAUAUACAGUUGAAGUCGGAAGUUUACAUACACUUAGGUUGGAGUCAUUAAAACUCGUUUUUCAACCACUCCACAAAUUUCUUGUUAACAAACUAUAGUUUUGGCAAGUUGGUUAGGACAUCUACUUUGUGCAUGACACAAGUAAUUUUUCCAACAAUUGUUUACAGACAGAUUAUUUCACUUAUAAUUCACUGUAUCACAAUUCCAGUGGGUCAGAAGUUUACAUGCAGAAGACUGUGCCUUUAAACAGCUUGGAAAAUUCCAGAAAAUGAUGUCAUGGCUUUAGAAGCUUCUGAUAGGCUAAUUGACAUCAUUUGAGUCAAUUGGAGGUGUACCUGUGGUUGUAUUUCAAGGCCUACCUUCAAACUCAGUGCCUCUUUCCUUGAUAUCAUGGGAAGAUCUAAAGAAAUCAGACAAGACCUCAGAAAAAAUUUGUAAACCUCCACAAGUCUGGUUCAUCCUUGGGAGCAAUUUCCAAACGCCUGAAGGUACCAUGUUCAUCUGUACAAACAAUAGUACGCAAGUAUAAACACCAUGGGACCACGCAGCCGUCAUGCUGCUCAGGAAGGAGACACGUUCUGUCUCCUAGAGAUGAACGUACUUUGGUGCGAAAAGUGCAAAUCAAUCCCAUAACAACAGCAAAGGACCCUGGGAAGAUGCUGGAGGAAACAGGUACAAAAGUAUCUAUAUCCACAGUAAAACGAGUCCUAUAUCGACAUAACCUGAAAGGCCGCUCAGCAAGGAAGAAGCCACUGCUCCAAAACUGCCAUAAAAAAGCCAGACUACGGUUUGCAACUGCACAUGGGGACAAAGAUCGUACUUUUUGGAGAAAUGUCCUCUGGUCUGAUUAAACAAAAAUAGAACUGUUUGGCCAUAAUGACCAUCGUUAUGUUUGGAGGAAAAAGGGGGUGGCUUGCAAGCCGAAGAACACCAUCCCAACCGUGAAGCACGGGGAUGGCAGCAUCAUGCUGUGGGGGUGCUUUGCUGCAGUAGGGACUGGUGCACUUCACAAAAUAGAUGGCAUCAUGAUGAAGGAAAAUUAUGUGGAUAUAUUGAAGCAACGUCUCAAGACAUCAGUGAGGAAGUUAAAGCUUGGUCGCAAAUGGGUAUUCCAAAUGGACAAUGACCCCAAGCAUACUUCCAAAGUUGUGGCAAAAUGGCUUAAGGACAACAAAGUCAAGGUAUUGGAGUGGCCAUCACAAAGCCGUGACCUCAAUCCUAUAGAAAAUUAGUGGGCAGAACUGAAAAAGCGUGUGCGAGCAAGGAGGCCUACAAACUUGACUCAGUUACACCAGCUCUGUCAGGAGGAAUGGGCCAAAAUUCACCCAACUUAUUGUGGGAAGCUUGUGGAAGGCUACCCCAAAUGUUUGACCCAAGUUAAACAAUUUAAAGGCAAUGCUACCAAAUACUAAUUGAGUGUAUUUAAACUUCUGACCCACUGGGAAUGUGAUGAAAGAAAUAAAAGCUGAAAUAAAUCAUUCUCUACUAUUAUUCUGACAUUUCACAUUCUUAAAAUAAAGUGGUGAUCCUAACUGACCUAAAACAGGGAAUUUUUACCUGGAUUAAAUGUCAGGAAUUGUGAAAAACUGAGUUUAAAUGUAUUUGGCUAAGGUGUAUGUAAACUUCCGACUUCAACUGUAUAAACUCAGCAAAAAAAGAAACGUCCUCUCACUGUCAACUGCGUUUAUUUUCAGCAAACUUAACAUGUGUAAAUAUUUGUAUGAACAUAACAAGAUUCAACAACUGAGACAUAAACUGAACAAGUUCCACAGACAUGUGACUAACAGAAAUUGAGUAAUGUGUCCCUGAACAAAGGGGGGGUCAAAAUCAAAUGUAACAGUCAGUAUCUGGUGUGGCCACCAGCUGCAUUAAGUACUGCAGUGCAUCUCCUGCUCAUGGACUGCACCAGAUUUGCCAGUUCUUGCUGUGAGAUGUUACCCCACUCUUCCACCAAGGCACCUGCAAGUUCCCAGACAUUUCUGGGGGGAAUGGCCCUAGCCCUCACCCUCCGAUCCAACAGGUCCCAGACGUGCUCAAUGGAAUUGAGAUCCGGGCUCUUCGCUGGCCAUGGCAGAACACUGACAUUCCUGUCUUGCAGGAAAUCACGCACAGAACGAGCAGUAUGACUGGUGGCAUUGUCAUGCUGGAGGGUCAUGUCAGGAUGAGCCUGCAGGAAGGGUACCACAUGAGGGAGGAGGAUGUCUUCCCUGUAACGCACAGCGUUGAGAUUGCCUGCAAUGACAACAAGCUCAGUCCAAUGAUGCUGUGACACACCGCCCCAGACCAUGACGGACCCUCCACCUCCAAAUCGAUCCCGCUCCAGAGUACAGGCCUCGGUGUAACGCUCAUUCCUUCAACGAUAAACGCGAAUCCGACCAUCACCCCUGGUGAGAAAAAUCCGCGACUCGUCAGUGAAGAGCACUUUUUGCCAGUCCUGUGUGGUCCAGCGACGGUGGGUUUGUGCCCAUAGGCGACGUUGUUGCCGGUGAUGUCUGAUGAGGACCUGCCUUACAACAGGCCUACAAGCCCUCAGUCCAGCCUCUCUCAGCCUAUUGCGGACAGUCUGAGCACUGAUGGAGGUAUUGUGCGUUCCUGGUGUAACUUGGGCAGUUGUUGUUGCCAUCCUGUACCUGUCCCACAGGUGUGAUGUUUGGAUGUACCGAUCCUGUGCAGGUGUUGUUACAUGUGGUCUGCCACUGUGAGGAUGAUCAGCUGUCCGUCCUGUCUCCCUGUAGCGCUGUCUUAGGCGUCUCACAGUACGGACAUUGCAAUUUAUUGUCCUGGCCACAUCUGCUGUCCUCAUGCCUCCUUGCAGCAUGCCUAAGGCACGAUCACACAGAUGAGCAGGGACCCUCGGCAUCUUUCUUUUGGUGUUUGUCAGAGUCAGUAGAAAGGCCUCUUUAGUGUCCUAAGUUUUCAUAACUGUGACCUUAAUUGCCUACCAUCUGUAAGCUGUUAGUGUCUAAACGACCGUUCCACAGGUGCAUGUUCAUGAAUUGUUUAUGGUUCAUUGAACAAGCAUGGGAAACAGUGUUUAAACCCUUUACCAUGAAGAUCUGUGAAGUUAUUUGGAUGUUCACUAAUUAUCUCACCGGUACCCCCCUGGUAUAUAGCCUCCCUACUGUUAUUUUAUUUUACUUCUGCUCUUUUUUUCUCAACACUUUUAUGUUGUUGUUGUUGUUUUAUUUUACUUUUUUAUUAAAGAAUAAAUGCAUUGUUGGUUAAGGGCUGUAAGUAAGCAUUUCACAGUAAUGUCUACACCUGUUGUAUUCGGCGCAUGUGGCAAAUAAAAUUUGAUUUGAGUUUCUUUUUUUGGUGAGUUUAUAUGUAAAUUAUAUACCCUACCAGUCAAAAGUUUGGACACACCUACUCAUUCAAGGGUUUUUCUUUAUUUUUACUAUUUUUUACAUUGUAGAAUAAUAGUGAAGGCAUCAACACUAUGAAAUUGCACAUGGAAUCAUGUAGUAACCAAAAAAGUGUUAAACAAAUCAAAUAGCCACCCUUUGCCUUGAUGACAGCUUUGCACACUCUUGGCAUUCUCUUAACCAGCUUCAUGAGGUAGUCACCUGAAUGCAUUUCAAUUAACAGGUGUACCUUCUUAAAAGUUAAUUUGUGGAAUUUCUUUCCUUCUUAAUGCGUUUGAGCCAAUCAGUUGUGUUGUGACAAGGUAGGGGGGGUAUACAGAAGAUAGCCCUAUUUGGUAAAGGACCAAGUCCAUAUUAUGGCAAGAACAGCUCAAAUAAGCAAAGACAAAUGACAGUCCAUCAUUACUUUAAGACAUGAAGGUCAGUCAAUCCGGAACAUUUCAAGAACUUUUAACGUUCAAGUGCAGUCGCAAAAACCAUCAAGCACUAUGAUGAAACUGUCUCUCAUGAGGACCACCACAGGAAUGGAAGACCCAGAGAUACCUCUAAUGCAGAGGAUAAGUUCAUCAGAAAUUGCAGCCCAAAUAAAUGCUUCACAGAGUUCAAGUAACAGACACAUCUCAACAUCAACUGUUCAGAGGGGACUGUGUGAAUCAGGCCUUCGUGGUCGAAUUGCUGCAAAGAAACCACUACUAAAGGACACCAAUAAUAAGAAGAGACCUGUGGAAAUUGUAUUGCUUCUUUAAUCAGCACAACAGUUUUCAGCUAACAUAAUUGCAAAAGGGUUUUCUAAUGAUCAAUUAGCCUUUCUAAAAUGAUAAACUUGGAUUAGCAAACACAACGUACCAUUGGAACACAGGACUGAUGGUUGCUGAUAAUGGGCCUCUGUACGCCUACGUAGAUAUUCCAUUAAAAAUCAGCAGUUUCCAGCUACAAUAGCCAUUUACAACAUUAACAAUGUCUACACUGUAUUUCUGAUCAAUUUGAUGUUAUUUUAAUGGACAAAAAAAUUGCUUUUCUUUCGAAAACAAGGACAUUUCUAAGUGACCCCAAACUUUUGAACGGUAGUGUAUAUCACCAGUAGUACAUUUACCGUUAGUUCCUAUAAUUUCUACAAUGUUUGUUUGGCUACGGUAACUUCUGUUAAUGCAUUCAAUAUAUUAUUAUUCCAGUCUUUUAUUGUUCUCAUUGUCGGAGUGGACAGUUUGUUUGCAGAGUGCACAACCUAUGUUACACUUAUGAGGAACAAGUUUUGGUUUAUUUAAUUCUAUUUACGAGAUUUGUCAAUUUAAUCAUUGUUUUUAUAGUCCUUACUCAACAUUGACAGGAGCACUACUGUCAAUGUUCAUUACGCAUAGAAGUAGGCCUAUAAGCUACCUGGCCUGCGCGCAAAUGUAGGCAUAUAAAUGUGCCCAUUUGGGGAUCUGAUAGUAUUUCUGAUUGGCUUAACCUCUUAAGGCCCAAGCUGUUUUUUUACAUGCAUUUUUUAUUUCUCUUUGCUAUUUGGGCUUAUUGGAACCUAAUUAGAAUAAAAACUAAGUAUCAUCUUUUGAUAUGAUGUACUUUUAGAGAAAAAUGAUGUCCACAUAUGUGGAUUCAUGGUCCGAAUUUCCAUAAAACACAAUAAAGUCACCUUUGUGUAAUAGAAUGAAAAACUCUUCAUUUCUGCCUUGAACACAGCAGUUUUUUUCCUGACUGUUUUUUAAUGUAUUAAUAACACAUACACAUAUUUUUUGAACAUGUUUUGACUAUCGGAGAGUAAAAAUAAUAUGGAAACAUUGCAUUUUUGCCCAUUUUGGACAGUUAAAAAUAGUGUUUGGAACAUUUGAUAUGCUGCAAAAUAGUUGCAGGAUGACAUUGUAUGUCUGUAACAAAAUAUAAUUUACAUGUGCACAUUUUUACUAGCAUAUUACAUUUUUACUAACAUUUUCAACACAACUAAUUUAAGUAUGUAUGUAUGUAUGUAUUUAGUGAUUUAAUUGUUAUUUAUUUCAUUGGGACCAUGUACAGCUUUUUAGCUGCAUCAGAGCUAGCUUUUUUCCCAUUUUACGUGUGUGCAUGUUUACAAGCAUAUUAGCUGUUUCGAGGAGCCUCAGUCCAUAAGUACACUUACGUGUACUUCAUGUUUAGCGACCUACAAAGUUGCUAGUUUUACACUUUUUUUUUUCAAAUUUGCAUGUCAUGACAAAUAUACAAGGCUUUUAUAAAUAUCUAAAUCAGAAUAAGCCAUGAAAUUGUGGACAUAAGAGCUAAAAAGUGCUGUCCACGUAUGUGACCACUAAGCCCUAGGAGGUUAUUAAUGCACCACCACUAAUCAGCUGUGGAACUUCUCAAAGUAAUGUUUUCUUCACCUCAAACAGCAAGCAAAUUAAGUCUGUUUUUACAUCCAUUGAGAAUGAAAAUAUUUCCAGCUCUCUCCCUUUCGGUAACCACUCAGCGUGAAAGGGAAAAAUGUCAUGCUCUGAUCCAGUGGAAAUGUCAUGAAAUAGGCCUACCUGAUUACUUCUUAUCCCUUGCAUAAAUAGCCUACAGCUGUGUCUGUCCCAAGCUCUCUGGCGCAAGGAAACUGAGGGCGCAGAAUAUUUUAUACAAUGCUGCAAGUUUGCUAGCAGGAGCUUGAGGCUGGACACAAGUAGGGCUGUGGCGGCAACAAAAUGUUGUCAGCCGGUGAUUGUCAAGCAAAUAACUGUCGGUCUCACGGUAAUUGACCGUUAAUGAACAUAAACACAUUUAGCAUCUCCUGGCUUCCACACAUAGCCUACAAGCCACUGAUGCGUUUUAAAAAGUCUAAUAAAUCCAUGUAAUAUAGCCUACACCUUCACAAUAAAUCCAUUAUUUAUUUUAGACUGGUUUGAAGAAGCAUGAUAUGAAGAAAAUGUAGUCUAUUUCAGAAGAACAGAAUAGCAUACUCUGAGUUGUCCUUAUGUUAGGUCCUGAUCUGGCUAUGCCAAAUGUCUGUGGGCUACACUAGUUCAUUUAGCAGACAAGAUUUGGCAUUAUUUUAUAGUAUGAAGAAUACAAUUGAACAAAGCUGAAUAAAAUAGAAAGGAUAUUUUCUCCAAACAAUUUGAGAGAGUGUGCACAUGCGGCUAUUCUUUGUUGAGCGAUUAACAAAGAAAUAGGUACUCCUAUAUGCUUAAUUUAGAGUUAUUAAUGUAACUAUAUGUUUAGAUUUUUAAUACAUUGUAAGGCUGCAUGAUGUGACUCUAAUGCUGAUUUGAAAAAAGUCGCUUGAAAGGCAUGAGCUCUGCUUUGUUUUUUUGCGCAGGCUUUACACAAUUCAUCAGUCUCUCAUUCACAAUUUCACAAGCACUAGCACUUGAUAAUGCCUCGAAUUUCACGGCGGCAUCCACUUUGUGUGGCCGUAAUGCACCCUAACAAAAUCCAUGCCUUUUGCGGCCAGUGGCCGUUGUGCCCUUGACCCGGAGUCCUGCGUUGCGCCCUUCUCCCUGAGGGCUGUGCACUCCAAAUCACCUCUCAUCUCACUCACACAGCUCUCCAUCACGUGAUCGGGUAUUUCUCACAGGUGAAGACAGACACAUCGGGGACGCAACUGCGCGCUUCCUUAUCCAAUUCCAAGGUGCAUAUUGGAAGAGCUGUCCACAUUUUGCUUUUCGUCAGCCAACAAGAUGAGUAGUCCUAACGAACAGCAAAAGCACUAGCCUAUGUCAAUCUACUAUCCCCCAUAGUACAAAAGUUGACCUAUUCUGUGCGAGAAAUAAAUAUUCCAAACAUAGUCUGGACAGUUGUGGGAUGCGAUAGAUCCCAAAUGAAUACAACCACUAGCAUCCCAAAACAUUUUUUACGCAAUGUGGCUGACGCAACAGAUCAGAACGUUUAGCUUAAAAUGUUGAUAAACCAUUAGGCUAUUUCUUCACAUUAUAAGCGCAGCAAAUCGCACAUGGCAGUAGGCUAUAAGCACAAAUGUUCCAUUAGCGGGAAAACACCAUUAUCAAAAGUGACCGCAAAUGCGAUUAUGCAUGUAAUGCUUUUAUUAUAAAGGUGCAUUUCUAUGGUGAAAACAUAUCUUCCCCAAACUUGAAACUCACGCGCUGCUUAUGGAUGCCAGUUAGGCUCUACACCUCUUGUAAAGCGGAUUAAUGUGCUUUUUAGAAGUUAUUUGGCCACUUUAGUUGUGAUACAAACUUUAUCAAAACAUAUAGGCCUAUGGGCUAGGCUACAUGAGGUGUGCGACUAUGAUUUAGAAAAAGUCGCAAAAAAAAUGCAUCGUCUUUAUGCUGGGCAUCAUUCAGUGAUAGGCUAAUAUUGUCACCCAUCAGACUAUUCUUGAUUUAAUCUUGUCUUUACAUAUACUAAAUAAAUAUGUGUGAAAUUAGUUUUGAUUUAGAAAGGUGCAUGAUAAUGGUCCAAUCUCGAAACACGGGCAGGGGAAAAAAUACAUGUCAUCUAUGCACUUAAAUAGCGAAUGGAGGACCGCUUUUCCCUUGGUUCAUUUUCAAUUUAUUUAAUUUUUUGUGUAAUUCUUACACCCUUUUUCUCCCCAAUUUCGUGAUUACGAUCUUGUCUCUUCGCUGCAACUCCCCAACGGGCUCGGGAGAGGCAAAGGUCGAAUCAUGUGUCCUCUGAAACAUGACCCGCCAAACCACGCUUCUUAACACCCGCUCGCUUAACCCAGAAACCAGCCGCACCAAAUGUGUCGGAGGAAACACUGUUCAACUGACGACCAAAGUCAGCCUGCAGGCGCCCGGCCCACCACAAGGAGUCGCUAGAGCGCGAUGAGCCAAGUAAAGCCCCCCCUGCCAAACCCUCCCCUAACCCGGACGACACUGGGCUAAUUAUGCGCCGCCCUAUGGGACUCCCGAUCACGGCCUGUAAUGACAUAGCCUGGGAUCGAACCCUAGGCUGUAGUGACGCUGCAACACUGUGAUCCAGUGCCUUAGACCGCUGCGCCACUCGGGAGGCCCCUUGGUUCAUUUUCAUGGCAGCCAGGUAGGCUAUACUCCUGUUGUAAAGAGAAGCAAUGUGCUUAAUAUUAGGAAAGUUGAGAAAUAAAUACAGUGGGGAGAAGAAGUAUUUGAUACACUGCCGAUUUUGCAGGUUUUCCUACUUACAAAGCAUGUAGAGGUCUGUAAUUUUUAUCAUAGGUACACUUCAACUGUGAGAGACGGAAUCUAAAACAAAAAUCCAGAAAAUCACAUUGUAUGAUUUUUAAGUAAUUAAUUAGCAUUUUAUUGCAUGACAUAAGUAUUUGAUACAUCAGAAAUGCAGAACUUAAUAUUUGGUACAGAAACCUUUGUUUGCAAUUACAGAGAUCAUAUGUUUCCUGUAGGUCUUGACCAGUUUUGCACACACUGCAGCAGGGAUUUUGGCCCACUCCUCCAUACAGACCUUCUCCAGAUCCUUCAGGUUUCGGGGCUGUGGCUGGGCAAUACGGACUUUCAGCUCCCUCCAAAGAUUUUCUAUUGGGUUCAGGUCUGGAGACUGGCUAGGCCACUCCAGGACCUUGAAAUGCUUCUUACGGAGCCACUCCUUAGUUGCCCUGGCUGUGUGUUUCGGGUCGUUGUCAUGCUGGAAGACCCAGCCACCACCCAUCUUCAAUGCUCUUACUGAGGGAAGGAGGUUGUUGGCCAAGAUCUCGCGAUACAUGACCCCAUCCAUCCUCCCCUCAAUAUGGUGCAGUCGUCCUGUCCCCUUUGCAGAAAAGCAUCCCCAAAGAAUGAUGUUUCCACCUCCAUGCUUCACGGAUGGUGUUCUUGGGGUUGUACUCAUCCUUCUUCUUCCUCCAAACACGGCGAGUGGAGUUUAGACCAAAAAGCUAUAUUUUUGUCUCAUCAGACCACAUGACCUUCUCCCAUUCCUCCUCUGGAUCAUCCAGAUGGUCAUUGGCUUGAGCAGGGGGACCUUGCAUGCGCUGUAGGAUUUUAAUCCAUGAUGGCGUAGUGUGUUACUAAUGGUUUUCUUUGAGACUGUGGUCCCAGCUCUCUUCAGGUCAUUGACCAGGUCCUGCUGUGUAGUUCUGGGCUGAUCCCUCACCUUCCUCAUGAUCAUUGAUGCCCCACGAGGUGAGCUCUUGCAUGGAGCCCCAGACCGAGGGUGAUUGACCGUCAUCUUGAACUUCUUCCAUUUUCUAAUAAUUGCGCCAACAGUUGUUGCCUUCUCACCAAGCUGCUUGCCUAUUGUCCUGUAGCCCAUCCCAGCCUUGUGCAGGUCUACAAUUUUAUCACUGAUGUCCUUACACAGCUCUCUGGUCUUGGCCAUUGUGGAGAGGUUGGAGUCUGUUUGAUUGAGUGUGUGGACAGGUCUCUUUUAUACAGGUAACGAGUUCAAACAGGUGCAGUUAAUACAGGUAAUGAGUGGAGAACAGGAGGGCUUCUUAAAGAAAAACUAACAGGUCUGUGAGAGCCGGAAUUCUUACUGGUUGGUAGGUGAUCAAAUACUUAUGUCAUGCAAUAAAAUGCAAAUGAAUUACUUAAAAAUGGAUUUUCUGGAUUUUUGUUUUAGAUUCCGUCUCUCACAGUUGAAGUGUACCUAUGAUAAAAAUUACAGACCUCUACAUGCUUUGUAAGUAGGAAAACCUGCAAAAUCGGCAGUGUAUCAAAUACUUGUUCUCCCCACUGUAUAGUAGGCCUAGCCUAUAGAAAGCAGAUGGGAUCCUCCUCUUUUUAUUAGCGACCAUCACUCUGUUUUCUUGCGCAAUUGCAUAGCCUAUAGAAAUGUUGCGCAACAUGAACUCAUGGGCUCUCAUGAAGUGUCUGAUUUAGCUUUUCAAUUACAUUUGCAUUGAUGUCAGAGUGAUCAGAGGUACAAUAGAGUACCAGGCAGUUAGCAAGUUUGGUAGGCUACUAAUGACCAUCAGCAGCAUCAGAGCUUGGAGAAGCCUAAUUACCGUGACUAAACAGUCACGUGGAAUUUGACUGCCUUCAUGACUUGUGACCACCGGUGUGGCGGUAAUACGGUCACCACAACAGCCCUAGACCCAAGUUGAAAUAGAAGUUACUUUUUUAGGUUUGUAUCAUUUUCAUUUAGAUUUGGAUAUAAUUUUUAUUAACCACUUGACAAUGAUUUUGAGAUUAAAUGAAAAUCUUCCACAAAAGUGUGCAAAUGAAAACCAUAACUGACACGCAGAUCGGUAGAAAUGGUAAGAUAAAUUGGAAUUCCACAUGAAAAAGGUUGCCGCCUCCUCGUGUAGCCUAUUAAUGGCAAAUUCAGGAGACUAACGGCAGAACCUGCGAAAGCCAGCAGGAGCAGGAGGAGGAUGGUUGUGUCAAGUUAAGGUUUCUUUCUUCUGGUUAUCUUGAUCUCUGGCUCCCUCUUGAGUCAUUUGUGUCUUAUUUAAUCAAACAGUGCGCUUAAAUCAUCAGACAAGCUCAAUGCUUAAAUACUUAACAAAAUUAGAAAUACAACAUGUUGCAGUUCAUAUAAGGAAAUCAGUCAAUUUAAGUAAAUUCAUUAGGCUCUAAUCUAUGGAUUUCACAUGACUGGGCAGGGGCGCAGCCAUGGGUGGGCCUGGGAGUUCAUAGACCCACCCACUUGGGAGCCAGGCCCACCCACUGGGGAGCCAGGCCCAGCCAAUCAGAAUUAGUUUUUCCACACAAAAGGGCUUUAUUAUAGACAGAAAUACUCCUCAGUUUCAUCAGCUGACCAGGUGGCUGGUCACAGACGAUCCCACAGGUGAAGAAGCCGGAUGUGGAGGUCCUGGGCUGGCGUGGUUACACUUGGUCUGUGGUUGUGAGGCCGGUUCGACGUACUGCCAAAUUCUCUAAAAUGACUUUGGAGGUGGCUUAUGGUAGAGAAAUGAACAUUCAAUUCUCUGGCAACAGCUCUGGGGGACAUUCCUGCAGUCAGCAUGCCAAUUGCGCGCUACCUCAACUUGAGACAUCUGUGGUGUUGUGUGACAAAACUGUACAUUUUAAAGUGGCCUGUUAUUGUCCCCAGCACAAGGUGCACCUGUGUAAUGAUGCUGUUUAAUCAGCUUCUUGAUAUGCCACACCUGUCAGGUGGAUAGAUUAUCUUGGCAAACGAGAAAUGUUCACUAACAGAGAUGUAAACAAAUUUGUGCACGUACGUCGUGUAAAGGAUUGGACCAAGGUGCAGCGUGGUAUGCGUCCAUGUUCGUUUAUUAUAUAAACACCGACAAAACAACAAAAGCAACGUAACGUGAAGUCCUAAAGGCUAAACAUCAAACAAGCCAAACACACAGAAACAAGAUCCCACAACUAAAGGUAGGCAAAAUAAGUAUGAUCCCCAAUCGGAGACAACGAUCGACAGCUGCCUCUGAUUGGGAACCACACCCGGCCAACAUAGAUAUACAAAACAUAGAAUGUACACCCUGACCAAACCAACAAGAAACAACAGGUAUUAAAUGUCAGGGCGUGACAAUUUGAGAGAAAUAAGCUUUUUGUGCGUAUGGAAAAAUUCUGGGAUCUUUUAUUUCAGCUCAUGAAACAUGGGACGAACACUUUACAUGUUGCAUUUAUAUUUUUGUUCAGUAUAGGUGAUUUUAUUAAAACACAUAGGGUGUGUCUAUAUAUGGAAAAAUACAAGUUUAAUAGACUACUUUCGGUUGACCAAUAUUUUUUUGGGUCGGGCACAGUCCUAAUAUAGGGAAUAUGGUGUGAUUUAAGAACACGCAUGUCAUAUAUUGUACAUUGACUGGGGGGUAAAAUCAUGAUCACCCCCAUGCCAUCAUUAUUUCCCUUCAACACCAUAUCAGUGUGGUGUGUCCAUGCUGGUCUGCUGUCAGUUAGUGUUGCCGUCGCCAUCUGAGUGACCAACAUUCUAAUAGGUGACAGUCAUACAGCAAUGUGGUCCUGCUCAACCUGUGUCAGACUCAACAACACACGCUGUUGUUAUGGUAUCCUAAUGGUGCUACUGUGUAUAGACUAUAGCUUUACUCUUUUUUUUUUGGAAACAAAUGUUUCCAUCCAGUUGAAUGAUUGAUUUAGGACUGUUGAUUUGACAUACGUUAAAUUUUUACAUGAAAUAACCACGUUUCAACAAAAGAGUUGCCUCUGGGUUGCAGCAGUACAGUGGAAAAGCCUAACCGUUUACUGCCCAUGUAUUCAGUGAGUAAGAUGGGCGGGGGAGCAGUAGGGACUAAUGCUGACUAGUAACCUUUUCCUGGAAGUACACUUAGUUGGGUCUCUUGGUAUUUGCUGAUGGUAUAAAAUAUACUAGGACUCUGGGAGAGUGACCUUGAUGACCAGUCAGUACUGCUUCCUUCCUGUUGUGACAUCACACUGAGGGCUCAAGGAAAGGGAAGUGAGAAGAAGCAAUUGACUUCAUAGCUGGCUAUUCACUUUGCCACACAUACACACACACACACACACACACACAUAUAUAUAUAUAUACACACAUACACACGCACACUAGUGAUGUGUGGGGUGAGUCAUAACCCGCAGUCCCCGUGGUUAUAUCUGCGGGUGGGCUGGUUUAGGGUCAUGAAAUAUUGUGUGGAUGAAUAAAGAGAAAACAAUACCUUAAAAAAUCCCUAAAUGUAUAAUUCUAUAUGCUACAUUGAAGUUUUUCUUUAAUUAUUUUAGGCUAUCUGGCAUUAGUGCGUAAGCCUAAGCUUUAGGGCCUAACUGUACGUGCGCCAUAGGCCUUCAAAUAGGGAACUGCAGAAUUAAGCAUUACUUAUAGUAAAAUGAUCAGUGGUGUAAAAAGUACUCAAUUGUCAUACUUGACUAAAAGUAAAGAUACCUUAAUAGAAAAUGACUCAAGUGAAAUUCACCCAAUAAAAUACUACUUGAGUAAAAGUCUAAAAGUAUUUGCUUUUAAAUAUACUUAAGUAUUAAAAGUAAAUGGAAUUGCUAAAAUGUACUUAAGUAUCAAAAGUAAAAGUAUGAACCAUUUCAAAUUCCUUAUUUUAAGCAAACCAGACAGCACACUUUUCUUUUUUUUCCUUUUUAUUUACGGAUAGUCCACGGGCACACUCCAACAUUCAGACAUCAUUUACAAAUGAAACAUUUGUGUUUAGUGUAAAAAGUACAUUAUUUUCUUUAGGAAUUUAGUGAAGUAAAAGUAAAAGCCAAAUACAUUUAGCCAAAUACAUUUAAACUCAGUUUUUCACAAUUCCUGACAUUUAAUCCUAGUAAAAAUUCCCUGUCUUAGGUCAGUUAGGAUCACCAUUUUAUUUUAAGAAUGUUAAAUGUCAGAAUAAUAGUAGAGAGAAUGAUUUAUUUCAGCUUUUAUUUAUUUCAUCACAUUCCCAGUGGGUCAGAAGUUUACAUACACUCAAUUAGUAUUUGGUAGCAUUACCUUUAAAUUGUUUAACUUGGGUCAAACGUUUCGGGUAGCCUUCCACAAGCUUCCCACAAUAAAUUGGGUGAAUUUUGGCCCAUUCCUCCUGACAGAGCUGGUGUAACUGAGUCAGGUUUGUAGGCCUCCUUGCUCGCACACGCUUUUUCAGUUCUGCCCACAAAUGUUCUAUAGGAUUGAGGUCAGGGCUUUGUGAUGGCCACUCCGAUACCUUGACUUUGUUGUCCUUAAGCCAUUUUGCCACAACUUUGGAAGUAUGCUUGCGGUCAUUGUCCAUUUGGAAGACCCAUUUGUGACAAGCUUUAACUUCCUGACUGAUGGCUUGAGAUGUUGCUUCAAUAUAUCCACAUCAUUUUCCUUCAUCAUGAUGCCAUCUAUUUUGUGAAGUGCACCAGUCCCUCCUGCAGCAAAGCACCCCCACAGCAUGAUGCUGCCACCCCCGUGCUUCACGGUUGGGAUGGUGUUCUUCGGCUUGCAAGCGACCCCCUUUUACCUCCAAACAUAACAAUGGUCAUUAUGGCCAAACAGUUCUAUUUUAGUUUCAUCAGACCAGAGGACAAUUCUCCAAAAAGUACGAUCUUUGUCCCCAUGUGCAGUUGCAAACCGUAGUCUGGCUUUUUUAUGGCGGUUUUGGAGCAGUGGCUUCUUCCUUGCUGAGCGGCCUUUCAGGUUAUGUCGAUAUAGGACUCGUUUUACUGUGGAUAUAGAUACUUUUGUACCUGUUUCCUCCAGCAUCUUCCCAAGGUCCUUUGCUGUUGUUCUGGGAUGGAUUUGCACUUUUCGCACCAAAGUACAUUCAUCUCUAGGAGACAGAACGUGUCUCCUUCCUGAGCGGUAUGACGGCUGCAUGGUCCCAUGUUGUUUAUACUUGCGUACUAUUGUUUGUACAGAUGAACGUGGUACCUUCAGGCGUUUGGAAAUUGCUCACAAGGAUGAACCAGACUUGUGGAGGUCUACAAUUUUUUUUCUGAGGUCUUGGCUGAUUUCUUUUGAUUUUCCCAUGAUGUCAAGCAAAGAGACACUGAGUUUGAAGGUAGGCCUUGAAAUACAUCCACAGGUACACCUCCAAUUGACUCAAAUGAUGUCAAUUAGCCUAUCAGAAGCUUCUAAAGCCAUGACAUCAUUUUCUGGAAUUUUCCAAGCUGUUUAAAGGCACAGUCAACUUAGUGUAUGUAAACUUCUCACCCACUGGAAUUGUGAUACAGUGAAUUAUAAGUGAAAUAAUCUGUCUGUAAACAAUUGUUGGAAAAAUUACUUGUGUCAUGCACAAAGUAGAUGUCAUAACCAACUUGCCAAAACUAUAGUUUGUGAACAAGAAAUGUGUGGAGUGGUUGAAAAACUGGUUUUAAUGACUCCAACCUAAGUGUAUGUAAACUUCUGACUUCAACUGUAAGUACUUUACACCACUGAAAAUGAUACACCAAUUGUAGGCAAAACUUUUACUCAGGAACAAGAUGUAGUUCUCUCAGCAUCUUGAGAGAAUGUGAAUGUGCAUUUAGCACCUCUACAGACGGUGUAUAUCUUUUAUAUAAAGUUUUAUAUAGUAUAUGUAUAUAAUGUACACUACCAGUCAAAAGUUUGGACACACCUACUCAUUCAAGGGUUUUUCUUUAUUUUUACUAUUUUUUACAUUAUAGAAUAAUAGUUAAGACAUCAAAACUAUGAAAUAACACAGAUGGAAAAAGUGUUAAACAAAUCAAAAUAUAUUUUAUAUUUGAGAUGCUUCAAAUAGCCACCCUUUGCCUUGAUGACAGCUUUGCACACUCUUGGCAUUCUCUUAACCAGCUUCAUGAGGUAGUCACCUGAAUGCAUUUCAAUUAACAGGUGUGCCUUCUUAAAAGUUAAUUUGUGGAAUUUCUUUCCUUAAUGCGUUUGAGCCAAUCAGUUGUGUUGUGACAAGGUAGAUGUGGUAUACAGAAGAUAGCACAAUUUGGUAAAAGACCAAGUCCAUAUUAUGGAAAGAACAGCUCAAAAAGCAAAGAGAAACGACAGUCCAUCAUUACUUUAAGACAUGAAGGUCAGUCAAUACGGAAAAUGUCAAGAACUUUGAAAGUUUCUUCAAGUGCAGUCGCAAAAACCAUCAAGCGCUAUGAUGAAACUGUCUCUCAUUAGGACCUCCAAAGGGAUGGAAGACCCAGAGUUACCUCUGCUGCAGAGGAGAAGUUCAUUAGAGUUACCAGCCUCAGAAAUUGUAGCCCAAAGAAAUGCUUCACUGAGUUCAAGUCACAGACACAUCUCAACAUCAACUGUUCAGAGGAGACUGUGUGAAUCAGGCCUUCAUGGUCGAAUUGCUGCAAAGAAUCCACUACUAAAGGACACCAAUAAUAAGAAGAGACCUGUUUGGGCCAAGAAACACAAGAAAUGGACAUUAGACCAGUGGAAAUUUGUCCUUUGGUCUGGAGUCCAAAUUUUGAGAUUUUUGGUUCCAACCGCCGUGUCUUUGUGAGACGCGGUGUGGGUGAACGUAUGAUCUCCGCAUGCAUAGUUCCCACCGUAAAGCAUGGAGGACGUGUGUGUUAUGAUGUGGAGGUGCCUUGCUGGUGACACUCUGUGAUUUAUUUAGAAUUCAAGGCACACUUAACCAGCAUGGCUACCACAGCAUUCUGCAGCGAUACGCCAUCCCAUCUGGUUUGGGCUUAGUGGGACUAUCAUUUGUUUUUCAACAGGACAAUGACCCAACACACCUCCAGGCUGUGUAAGGGCUAUUUGACCAACAAUCCCUCGACCUCAACCCAAUUGAGAUGGUUUGGGAUGAGUGGACGGCAGAGUGAAGGAAAAGCAGCCAACAAAUGCUCAGCAUAAGUGGGAACUCCUUCAAGACUGUUGUAAAAGCAUUCCAGGUGAAAGCUGGUUGAAGGAAUGCCAAGAGUGUGCAAAGCUGUCAUCAAGGCAAAGGGUGGCUAUUUGAAGAAUCUCAAAUAUAAAACAUAUUUUGAUUUGUUUAACACUUCUUUUGUUUACUACAUGAUUCCGUAUGUGUUAUUUCAUAGUUUUGAUGUCUUCACUAUUAUUCUACAAUGUAGAAAAUAGUAAAAAUAAAGACAAAUCCUUGAAUGAGUAGGUGUGUUCCAAACUUUUGACUGGUACUGUACGUAAACUUUGUUUAAAAUCCGUUGUCUGUAUUCUGUCUCUAAAUGUUGUCUUUCACUAGCAGCACCAUAUCGCCAAGUAAAAUUCUGAGUAUGUGUAAAUGUACUUGGCAAAUAAAGGUGAUUCUGAUCAGCAUCAUAAAAGCUGAUUUAGUAUUUCAACCACAUAAAAUAUGCGUGAAAGGAGCAGAGAUGACAGAGAGAACUUUACCGAUGUCAACUAGAUUCAAACAUUCAUUCUAUCGAUUUAUGACAUUAUUCUGGUGACCAAGAGUUUAAUUAGUAUUCUGGGGCAACAUAUAAUGACAGAAGAGAAGCUGCAUGUAUCAAAUUAUAGAUUAUAAAAAUUAUAAGCAGGAACAAUGCUAAAUCAGGCAAAAAAGAUCAUGCACCCCCUGUCAAAAAUGCUUUUCACUAUCUCUUACUGUAGCCUACAGCGCAUUUUCUAUAUUAGCAGGUUAGGGUCGGGUGUGGGCCACAGAUUUUCACUUUGUCACAUAUAGUCGGGCGGUUGCGGAUGGGUUAGCAAUCGCAGGUGAACAACAAGUUGACCCGCGCACCACUAAAACACACACACACACACAAACAUACACACCAUGCACACACACACAUAGGCCUGCACUCCUACAGUGCAAGACUUUGCAGAAGCAGAUCAAUUUGAUUUAAUGAGAAAAUUCCUUCUGUAACAGCGACUCCUUUGGAAAUCUCCCAAGCCCCUGGAAUAUCUGUUUGAUCUGGUCUCUCUCUAAGGCAUCUCACUCCAUCUGUUCCCCUUUUCCCCUCUGCCCUCAGGGUCACCUAAGUGAAGGCUAUGGGAAGUUGUGCAGCAUCUACCUCAAACUGCUUAUCACCAAGAUGGAGUUCCACGUCAAAGUGAGUAGUGCCCCAGCCUGUAUGAACGACAGGCAGACCAGUCUCCCUUCUCUCUCUCUCUCUCUCUCUCUCUCUCUCGCUCUCUCAUUUAUUUAUUUAUUUAUUUAUUUAUUUAUUUAUUUAUAUGUAUAUAUAUAUAUAUAUAUAUACCCUUCUCUAGGGAUAUUCCUCACACAGACACACUUCUCUAAAAGUAAUGGCCUUUUAGGAAUCAGUAGCUCAUAGACAGCUAAGCUCAGUGAAAUACUGCAGGCAGCAGACUUGGUGUUGCUCUGGGGGUUUUAGUCAUUGUUCCUGGAGAUGCCUACUGAAGUGGAAAAACCGAGGGUAAAUCUCAAUUGUAUUUCCUUGAUUCCUCACAUCCUCUCUCCUAAUCUCCUUCUCAAAGCACAUUGGAGCAGAAUAUCUGAGGUUCCUCCCCUCGAAUCUUCUCCUCCGAUGCGUUUUGAGAAGGAGGCAAGGAGAGAUGAGACGAGGGAUCAAGGAAAUACAAUUGAGAUUCAGCCCCAGUUCUGAUAUGACAAGUUCUUCUCUCUCCCCCAGAAUCCCCGUUUCCCCGGCAACCUUCAGAUGUCAAACAGGCAGCUUGACGAAGCGGGAGAGAACGACGUCAACAAUUUGUGAGUGUCACUUGCUAUUGUUGUUCUCACCAAACCACAGAGGGCUGGAUCUAUAGCGAUACAUAUUCUAAUAUAGCCCCAAUGUUCCCUUUGAUUAUGAUUAGAAGUGUUGAAAAUGACAAGUAAAUGCAGAAUGUUUUUGUUAUUGCCUUCUAUUAGAUCAUCUCUAUAGACUCUAUAUAGAGCAUAUGACUCUUGUUAUAUGUAUACAAACCAACUCCGGUUCAUUGCUACAUGGGUCUUACAGCCUCUGUAUGUGUGAUGUGUAGGCUACUCCUCCACUUUGUACAUGCUGUGAACCCUCCAAUCCAACCCCUCUGUGUGUGUGGGUGGGUGUGUCCUCUCACUACAGCUUCCAGUUGACAGUGGAGAUGUUCGACUACCUGGAGUGUGAGCUCAACCUCUUCCUGGGUGGUAAGCUAUUCCUGUCUCUCUCUCUCCAUCUCUCCUCUGCAACCGCGCUUAUCUAAAGAUGUUGUGACAUAACAUGGCCCUUAGCUUUUAUAUGUCAGGGUCAUGUUCAUCCGUGCAUGCAAUGGAAAAUGUUUUGCAACGGAAAACAAAAAUGUGCGUCCAGGUAGUGCCUUUCUGUUUUUGUCCAUUCUCUUCCAUUUGGUGCCUAAUGAACAUGACCCUGGUUUUGGCUUCAUAGGCUACGUCCCAAUAUCCACACUAGCAUACCACAUAGAAUGUGUGCCCAAUACAUUGCUUCAUUGGAAGUAGUAUACUAGUAUGGACAUUAAAACAGAGCUAUGCAGUACUCUCCUGUCUCCCUGCCACUAUAAGCUCUUCACAAAGUAAAACACAUAUUCCAUCUUCCAUCCAUCUCAACAUGAUUGCCCUUCUUCCUCCAUUUGAACACUCAGUAGGACUCAUUUCUAUCCUGUCUCCUCCUCCUCUCAUCCAUCUCACACACACUCACACACACACACACACCCUUUGCCUCUCAUCAGGAGAGAUGUUUUGCAGGCUAAAGCAUCACGUCACCCAGGAGCUGAGAGGCCUCACUGUGUGUGUGUGUGUGUGUCUGGGUUUGGCUGCACAGGAAACCACACCUCUGUGUGGAGGAAACAACUGGGUCUGUAGGGACUGGCAUCAGAGCGGGAGGGAGUGCAAAGGCGAUAGAGGGACUGAAAGAGAGCUGUAAUGAGAGUGGAAGAAAGCGAGACACUGUUGGAGUACAUACUCAUUAGUUGAUUCAGUCUAGAACAGCUUUUCCUAACCACCUGCGUGCACAACCACGCACACACACACAUGCCUUUUUUUAUGUGUGUGAUGAUCACUGAUAUGUUUGUGUGUCCUCCCUUGCAGUGUUCAGCUCCCUGGACAUGUCACGGUCUGUGUCGGUGACGGCGGCAGGCCAGUGUCGCCUGGCUCCCCUGAUCCAGGUCAUCCUGGACAGCAGCCACCUGUACGACUACACCGUCAAGCUGCUCUUCAAGCUGCACUCCUGUGAGUCAACACAUGCCCCCUGCUGGACAAAUAGCAGAGUGACAGCCUGAAUACCUCGUACUUGACUACUAAUCUAGGGCCAACAAUAUUUCCUGUGACCUUCCCAGAAAAACGGUGGCUAUUCCAAGGGCACGUAAUUCACAUAAUUUUCCUGGUCAUAUCAUAGGGUUAGGAAAUGCCUAAUACCUUAGUAUACACACACACACACCUGUAGUACAAACACAUUCUCAGUAGUUUCACAUGCACACACACACACAUUCCAAAACUCUGAUCUGUUUGUCUGUCUGUUGCAGGCCUUCCUGCUGACACACUCCAGGGCCACAGAGACCGCUUCCAGGAGCAGUUCAAGAAGUGAGUUCACACACAAGUCAUGGGUGGCAUCCCAAAUGACACCCUAUUCCCUAUAUAGUGCACUAGUUUUGACCAGGGCCCAUAGUGCUUUAUCGCCUGACCUAACUAACUCCAGUGCUGAAGGUGUGAUUAUGAAGGUGGAGUGUUUCAUCUGUGUGCUUGUUGUCUCUGCUAGGCUGAAGAGUCUGUUCUACCGCUCCAGUAACCUACAGUACUUCAAGAGGCUCAUUCAGAUCCCACAGUUGCCUGAGGUAAGGCCUGGAGUCCUCCUGAACUAGCCUGCAGAUUAGACAGGAUCUCUGCUGCCUAAUCACGUAGUCUCCCAUUUUUCUCUGUUGCCUUUGCUUGGUUAAGUGCUAUACAAAUACAAUUGGAUUAAUUGUGCUGUCACCAUCGUCCAUAGACGGGACGGACCAAGACGCAGCGUGAAAUGCAUCCAUGUUUAUUGAACUGAAUAAACAUACAAAAACAACGAAACGUGACGUCGGAAGGCUAACACUAACAAGCCACACUAACCGAACACAAACAAAAACCCACAACACAGGCAGGAAAACUGGCUGCCUAAGUAUGAUCCCCAAUCAGAGACAACGAGCGACAGCUGCCUCUGAUUGGGAACCACACCCGGCCAAACAUAGAAAUACAAACAUAGAUUAUUCACACCCUGACCAAACUAGCUAGAGUUAUAUAGGCCAGGGCGUGACGUGCUCUGUCUCGUGUGUGUCUCUCUCUCUUCUCUCUCUCUCUCUCUCUCUUUCUCUCUCUCUCAGAACCCACCUAACUUCCUGCGGGCGUCGGCGUUGUCAGAGCACAUCAGUCCCGUGGUAGUCAUCCCGGCUGAGUCAUCCUCCCCCGAGACGGAACACAUGGUGGACCUGGUGACAGAGGACCUGGUGGACACCGACAUCCCCGUCCAGCCGGUAGCCCAUCUGAACAUGUCACAUUACUGCUUUUUUACAGGGCGCUGUUUGUAACAUGCCAUAUUGUGUGUGAAAGAUUAAUUUUGUGCACUAGCUGACUCACACUUAUCCCAUUCCUGUGGUACGGAAUUAAUUUUUUUCACAAAAUAUGGCAUGUUACAAACGGUGCCCCUUCUGUGCUCUGUCUUAGUUGUACUGUAUCUGUGUCUACUCUCCUUUGUCUGUCAACUGAACCUAAUGAAACCUAAAGCUUAUAGAACUACUGACUGACUGGCAGGCUGACUGUCUCUCUGUCUUGCUGUGUUGGUUCCGACUAGGCUGCUGUGGUAGAGCCCAGGUUCGACGACCUCUUUGGCACGUCCGCCGCCACCGACCCCUUCAAUUUCAACAGUCAGAACGGGAUGCGCAAGGACGACAAGUAAAACACCAGAAGCAAACUGCUACACUCUGUAUGAUUUGUAGGAUAUCCUUGGUCUGUAUAGAUUGGUCUGACUUGUGUGACAAACUGACCUCCAAUAGAGGUAUGUGGAGGCAUUGAAAGCCCUGCAGCUGAGGUAUGGCCUGGGCACACCGUACCAAAACUUUUUGCAAUGGAAAAUACGCUUUUAUCAUUGGCCACGUCCAGGUAGUCCUUUCCCUGUUUCGGCCCGUUUUCUUCCGUUUGGUGCCUAAUGAACACGACCUUGUCCUGUCCUGUUUCCAUUAGGGACCGCCUGAUCGAGCAGCUGACACGGGAGAUCCAGGCCCUCAGGGAGGAACUGGAGUCCUUCAGAUUGGAGGUGAGAAGAGGGGAGGAGGUUUAAUGAGGCACUUGAGCCACUGCAGAGGCAAUUUUCCAUAAUGCCUAAACUUCUGAGGGAGUGUGUGUGAUGAAUGGAGUCAGGCGCAGGAGGGUAAUCACCGAAUACAGAGUUUAUUCCUUCGUUGACACACAAAUGCGCUCCAAUAGCGAUCAACGAAACAGGCACAGGGGAAACAAACAUCCCUGGUAAAUACACUGUAACGGAAUCCAAUAAUACAAUGGCACAGGGGGAAAAUCUACCCUGGCAACAAUAUGAUAUGAGUAGCUCCACCGAGCUAUACUACUCUCACAAAUAACAAUCACCCACAAGGACAAGGGGGCAGAGGGAACACUUAUACACAGACUAAUUAGGGGAUAGAACCAGGUGUGUGUGAUUGACAAGACGAGACAAUUGUGAUGAUGAUUGGGGCGGCAGUGGUUAGUAAGCCGGUGACGACGAACGCCGAAGCCUGCCCGAACAAGGAGGGGAGGCAGCCUCGGCCGAAGUCGUGACAGUGUGUUUACACAUUGUUGAACCAUAACACUCUCUCCCUCCUCUCUCUCUUUCCAUCUCUCUCUCGCUCUGCCUCUCUCUCUCAGAGUGGGCGUCUGUGCCAGGCGCUGCGCGGGCGUGUCAAUGAGCUGGAGGCGGAGCUAGCAGAGCAGAGCCACCUGAGGAUGCAGGCGUUGGGAGAGAGCGAGUUCCUAAGGGCGGAGCUUGACGACCUGCGCCGUGUCAAAGAGGACACGGCGAAAGAGCAGCGAAGCCUCACCGAGAUCGAGAGUGAGUCCAGAGACAGCCCGGGCACAUCUGCACAGCUCCGCCUUCUAGCAGUUAGCCACUACCAUCCGACACUCCAGUACCCAUCUAUACAUGUGUUUUGUUAGUAAACGUGUGUUAGAAUGGUGGGACUGGGAUUCGAUCCCAUGCAGACACAAGCAUCAUGUGUAGAAGCUGGCAGUGCUAAUUACUUGACCAAUCCCAAGCCACAAGAUUUACAUGAGUCACUCAAAUGUCUUCAACUGAUAUCAAUGCCUACACGAACGUUUGAAUUAUGUGUGCAUAUCUCAAGUCAGGAUUCAGCCCUCUGUAACUGAUAGUUCUGAUAGUAACAGCGCUGUCUGUCCGUGUCUCUCAGGGAAAGCGGUGGCCAACGAGCAGCGCUACACCAAGCUGAAGGAGAAGUACACAGAGCUGGUGCAGAGUCACGCUGACCUGCUGAGGAAGGUAGGCCCAUCCAGACCCCUUAUGAUGGAAGAACCUCAGACUCAUGGUGCAGGCUAACUCCGACCCCUCUCAGCCAGUCCCAUUUUGCUCCCUUUCCCUUGGCCCAAACCCUUCCAUGUUUGCAGAUCUGAAGGGUCUGGAUGAGUAUGAACAGUGUAGUGGUAGAGCUUUCACCAUAUUGCUUCCACCUUACAGAUCAGCAAACAUCAGAGGGUUUGGGCCAAUGGAGGGGGGAGGAGUAGGGUGCGAACAGGGACCCCCUAUCCAUUCUGUACUACAACAUUUCUUUAGAGAAAACACUUCUAGCAGCAAUGCUCACACGUUUCCUCCACGUUUCUUGUUUGUAAUUCUAAAAGCUCUUCCCCCUAAAACGUCUGUGUUUUUCUGUUUCUGGCUUUAGAAUGCGGAGGUGAUUCGUCAGAUGACGGUGGCGCGGGCGGCUCAGGACGAGGUGGACAGCGUGAGGAGAGAGAUGCAGGAGAAGGUCAAAGCUGCCGCGGAGAGACGGGUGAGGGCGAGGCACACACUCCCACAGGGAUACACACUCUCCUGAAAUACUGUGUGUGUACAGUCUGUAUCACCCUCUUUCUGUUUUCUCUCCCUUCCCCUUUUCCCCCUCUCUCGCUUUCAUGGACACAGAUGACUUCAAAUGUAAUAUACUUCACUUCUUCAUACUACAGUACAUUUCAACUUUCUCUCUAUCUCUCUGAUCAUUUCAUUGUGUAACUGAGAUGCCUUGCUGUACAUGUGGGUGUUAGAGAGGUAGAAACCCCUCCAGAAUAAACUGAGGUAGAGAGAUGGAGACCUAGCAAAUAACAUGACUGUUUCUAUCCAUCUUUCUCUCAUUCUCUAUUUUGCCCCGCCUUGCCUCCCCCUCUAUCUCUCUCCCCCCAUAUUGCUCUCUGUCCCCCCCCCCCCCCCUCCCCUCUGUCUCUCCCACCUCUCUCCCCCUUCAGGAGCAGGAACAGGUGGAGCAGCUGCAGCAGCUGCAGAGAGAGCUGAUCUCCAGCAGGGUGGAGCUAGACAGCCUGAAAAGCACCAUGGCCUCAUCCCAACAGGUAGCCAACCGUACACUCCUCAUCUCCUCUCCAACCUAAACACUCACCCAACCGUACACUCCUCAUCUCCUCAACAACCUAAACACUCACCCAACCGUACACUCCUCAUCUCCUCUCCAACCGAAACACUCACCCAACCAUACACUCCUCAUCUCCUCUCCAAUCUAAACACUCACCCAACAGUACACUCCUCUCCACUCUACCCCACUUGACCUCACCCUGACCUCUGACACCUUCAAAUCAUCUCUACUCUGUCUUCUAUCUUUACAUUCCCCAACUCCAUGUUACUCUUCUACCCGUCUGUGUGUGUGUGUGUGUGUGUGUGUGUGUGUGUGUGUGUGUGUGUGUGAGCGUGUGCGUGCAUGAAAUCGUGUGUGUGGAGAGAGGGUUGUGUGAAGCGUCGGUGCAGACCUCGAUCUCUGCAUGAUCCCGACAGUGUGUAGUCUUACUAGGCCAUGACGGUCCAAUUACCAUUCCUCCUCUCCAUCUCUCAUCCCUCUCUCCCACUCCUGUCAACCCUAUUUCUGAAUCAACACACUCACUUCUCUCUCGCCCUAACCCCUUCUUUUCUCAUUCUCUCUCACACAACCACUCCCUCCAGUCCUCACACGCAUACUCUGUCACUUUGUCACACAUUUCACUUACAAACUCUUUCUUCCCGUCUCUCGUUCCUGUUCAAAUGCUCAGGAGGGUGCCCACAAACAGGUGAGGUAGAGUAGAAGAAUGGCAGUUGUCAUAUCCACAUCUCAUAGCAGUUAGGGCGUAGUCACCAUUAAAAGGUGGUAUUAGUGUGUGAGCCUUUUCGUUCAUUUCAGCGGAGAAACACAGGGAUAGACACGAUCCUAAAAUACUGUGUAUGUGUCAAACUCUUUCUCCUCUCUCUUCUCUCUCUCUCCGUCUCUCUCUCUCUCAAUCUCAGUCGAGUGAGGAGCUCAGUUCUCAGCUCUCGACUGUGGAAUCGGACAAGGUGGAGUUAGCAGAAUCCUUGUCUAAGAAAGAGGAGGAGCUUGCAGGCCUGGGGGAGGAGCUAGAGCGUGUUCAGAGCAGCCUGGCCAGUGAGAGGGAGAGCGGAGUGAAGACUGCCGAGGCCCUACAGAACCAACUCAAUGAGAAGGUGUGUUUCAGGGGAGGUAGCCGUGUGCGUUUGUGUGCGCCUGCGUCUCAGCUUCUCAGUGAGCGUGUGUGAUAUCUGAUUCUCUCACUGACCCUGUGUGUAUAGGAGAGCAGGGAGCAGGCCCUGGAGAGCCAGCUUGUGGCAGCCCGCUGGUCCACCCUACAGGGAGCUGUGGAGGAGGCAGAGAGGAUAGUCCAGGACUCACUGGCCCAGCUUGACGACCCAGCACACAUCAGCUGCACCAGCUCUGCAGGUCAGCCCCUAACCCUCUCCAACCUCUGUCUUAUGCACUACUGACUCCAGCUUUGUUCCGGUCGGUCUGUCCGUCCGUCCGUCCACCUGAGAUGAUGCCACAUUGUGAAACCAAUGCUGGAUGUGUAGAUGUGUGUGUGAUGCCUCAAUCUACUUGUGCAUGUGUGUGUGUUUUGUGUUCCAGUGUGUGAUGUAGGAUGAUGUCCCCUCAUAAUAGUGUGUGUAUGUGUGUUUGUAUGGUGGAAGAGGCCUCUCCCCUCACUGUGUACCCUCCUUGUGUGUAGACUACCUGGCGUCCAGGUGUCAGGCCUCUCUGGACUGUAUGGACAGACUUCACUCUGCCAGAGACAGCUACCUGGCAGACAACACAGGUCAGACUCAGAACUGUUCUCUUACUCCCUUAGUCAGCUUUGUGCAUUCACACACACACGACACACACACACACACACACACACACACACACAAUCUACUUUCAGGCACCUAUCGAAGCCAUCGUUGUUCUUGUGUAGCAGACAAGGUCAAAAGGCAGCCAAAAACGUUACUUUCACCGACGGUUGCUGUGCAGUUUGACAGUAACUAACUCAGCAACGUUAACAUGAAUUUACACUACCAGUCAAAAGUUUGGACACACCUACUCAUUCAAGGGUUUUUCUUAAUUUUUUACAUUGUAGAAUAAUAGUGAAGAUAUCAAAACGAUGAAAUAACACAUAUGGAAUCAUGUAGUAAAAAAGUGUUAAACAAAUGUCAAGAGUGUGCAAAUCUGUCAUCAAGGCAAAGGGUGGCUAUUUGAAGAAUCUCAAAUAUAUUUUGAUUUAACACUUUUUUGGUUGCUACAUGAUUCCAUAUGUGUUAUUUCAUAGUUUUGAUGUCUUCACUAUUAUUCUACAAUGUAGAAAAUAAUAAAAAUAAAGAAAAACCCUUGAAUGUGAGGCUGUGUCCAAACUUUUGAAUGGUACUGUAUAUUAUAUUAUUAGAUAUAUAUAUAUAUAUAUAUAUAUAUAUAUUAUAUAUAUAUAUAUAUAUACUAUGGCCAAGACCAAAGAGCUGUCAAAGGACACCAGAAACAAAAUUGUAGACCUGCACCAGGCUGGGAAGACUGAAUCUGCAAUAGGUAAGCAGCUUGGUUUGAAGAAAUCAACUGUGGGAGCAAUUAUUAGGAAAUGGAAGACAUACAAGACCACUGAUAAUCUCCCUCGAUCUGGGGCUCCACGCAAGAUCUCACCCCGUGGGGUCAAAAUGAUCACGAGAACGGUGAGCAAAAAUAACAGAACCACACGGGGGGACCUAGUGAAUGACCUGCAGAGAGCUGGGACCAAAGUAACAAAGCCUACCAUCAGUAACACACUACGCCGCCAGGGACUCAAAUCCUGCAGUGCCAGACGUGUCCCCCUGCUUAAGCCAGUACAUGUCCAGGCCCGUCUGAUGUUUGCUAGAGUGCGUUUGGAUGAUCCAGAAGAGGAUUGGGAAAAUGUCAUAUGGUCAGAUGAAACCAAAAUAUAACUUUUUGGUAAAAACUCAACUCGUCGUGUUUGGAGGACAAAGAAUGCUGAGUUGCAUCCAAAGAACACCAUACCUACAGUGAAGCAUGGGGGUGGAAACAUCAUGCUUUGGGGCUGUUUUUCUGCAAAGGGACCAGGACGACUGAUCCGUGUAAAGGAAAGAAUGAAUGGGGCCAUGUAUCGUGAGAUUUUGAGUGAAAACCUCCUUCCAUCAGCAAGGGCAUUGAAGAUGAAUCGUGCCUGGGUCUUUCAGCAUGACAAUGAUCCCAAACACACCGCCCGGGCAACGAAGGAGUGGCUUCGUAAGAAGCAUUUCAAGGUCCUGGAGUGGCCUACCAGUCUCCAGAUCUCAACACCAUUGAAAAUCUUUGGAGGGAGUUGAAAGUCUGUGUUGCCAAGCGACAGCCCCAAAACAUCACUGCUCUAGAGGAGAUAUGCAUGGAUGAAUGGGCCAAAAUACCAGCAACAGUGUGUGAAAACCUUGUGAAGACUUACAAAAAAACGUUUGACCUGUGUCAUUGCCAACAAUAUAUAUAUAUUUGAAGAAAGGUUCCUUUUUCAGUUUCUUGCCCACAUGAGAGAGCUAGAUUUCUAUGGGAGAAAAUAAAUCUACUUGAAUAUGUGAGAGGUAUUCACUAUUCAGACACUCUUGGUGGACAGUGGAGGUUGAUAGUAAAAUGCUUAUUUAUUGUUCAAAUACAGUGUUUUUCAGCAUUACAGCCUUCAAGUACUUCAUAUAAAAGUAGCAUAUCCAGUUGAUUGUAUAUAGACUUUAUAGCAGUUUGACCUUUGACCCUUGGUUCUCCAGGUGUGUCGGAGCUGGUGCGGGCAGUGACCCAUCUUGCCCACCUGGUGGGCGAUACCAUUGUUCAGGGCAGUGCCACCUCUCACAUGGUGCCAGUGGAGCAAGCGGACGGUGAGUGUGAGCUGUCCCUGUGUCUUUUCAACUGAAAUGUGCACUCACACAUCCAGGACUGGAAUACUCCAUGGAUUUUAAAUAAAGUUUGUUCCUCUACAUCCCUAUAUAGAUCUGUUAGAGAAGUACUGAUAAUGCGCAGAUAGGCAACGAUAGCCUAGCCUGGUCCCCGAUCUGUUUGUGCUGUCUGUCACCGGGUGACAAUGACCAUCGGCGUUGGGAAGACGGCACAAACCGAUCAGGGACCAUCACUGCCACCCACUUCCUCUAAGUCUCCAUACUGUGUCUGUAUCUCUGACCCUCCUCUCUGUCCCCCCCCACACACACACAGCGUUGUCAGACAGUGUGAAGGUGUGUGGGGCCGAGGCCCUGGCCCUGCUGGGUCAGAUGAAAGCGCAGGAAAGCCUGGCUACGGCAGACAUCGCCACGCUGAGGGCAGCGCUGGAUGGCAUUCUGGCCACCGCAGAGGUCAGUCGAGUCUUUAUGGUCAUACAAGUUUUGUUGUUAUUGUUGCUGCUUUAUUCUUAAGAGUAAAUAUGAGUACAUAGUACAGUUAAGCUGCAAAUUACAGUAAUUUCAUUUCAUGAAAGCAUGAGAUUAUUACACAAUUACUAGCGAGUUAAAAGGAGGAGGAUAAUUUAUUUUAUACUAUGCGUUGCCAUGUUACUAAUGUUGAUACUGAUGAUACAGAACCAUUGUUAACCUCAGUAA